GCCUUCAAGCCGCCGUGAUCGAGCGAUCAGAGUAGCCUUGUCCCGUCGUCAAAUUCCACGUUUAGGUCGCUGGUGUUUCGAUCUUUAGUCUGCAACGCCACAGUCCAUUUUUGGCUUCUUCAGCAUGGCGGCUCGCCAGCCUGCCGGGUUCAAGCCGGUCGAAAUGCUGCAGCAAAUCCUUACCGAUGUUGUGGUCACGACCGGCAAGGCCUUCAAGGCUGCCAGACAGGACGGCAAUGGGUCACUUGCCGAGGCCGCUGUGGCAAUGGAGACACGGAUUCCUGCCUCCAUUGAGAAGUUCAAUUGGACCUUGGAUGAGCUAGAAAUCGACAUUAUUCGCGCCAAGGCGGUCUACCUGCGAGAUCUCAACCAGUGCCGGGCGAAUCGCAAGCCAGCCCAGCAAGACCAGCAGCCGGUUGCGCCCCCGGCGCCCAUGGCCGUUGACUUGACGUCACCGAGAAUGGAGGCAAAGGGACCGCCUACUGGGCUGUCAGGGCCCCCUCGACCGGGGAAACCGGCCAACAAGCCGGUUGCUCCGUUCCCGAAUAUGGGGUUUGAUAGCUCUUCGCCCGAGCUAAAGCAUAUCCCCAGUCCGAAGCCGGUUCCGAAACCGGUUCCGAAACCUAAGGAAGUGAAGAACCACGCCCCUCCGGCCGUGCCAACUGCCGGUGCCGCGACCACAACCGUCCGGCCCGCGAGCGCACCGCCAAAGAAGGAAACCAAGAUCUCCCCGCCCCAGGGCGCAAAGCCUGGCACUGGCUCCGCGUCAGUAGGCCAGAGCCCUCUACCUGCUCACAUGCAGAUCAAGGCAUCGUCCGUCCCGGCGCCAAAUUUGCCUCCGUCUGGACCGACACCGACCAACGCUCCUCCGGUCUCUACCACCAGCGGGCACGAGAAUAUAUUUACAGACAUGACGUUCUCCCUAGCGCCGCCACCUCAAACAACAACGCAGGGCCAAAAGGAACCGGCGGCCCCGCUGCCGCCGCCACAAGCGCAGCGGAAGCAACCACAGCAGCAGCAGCAGCAGCGGCCCCCGCAGGUGAUUGAUCUUACGGAUCUCGGUCCUGGACCCGGCGCGGCAGCAGACUCGACAACCGCGAGCGCUGCCAAGGCAGGGCAACCGACUGGCGCUAAGCCUGGACCAGGCCCAGGACCAGGAAAAGGGACUGCGAGCGGCGGGGGAGACAACAACGGUCCCGCAGCAGAUGCGGCGGAAACGAACCAAAACCCCGGCCAAGGCCCAGGAGGGGGCGGCGGGGACAAGAAAGUGGUUGACAUUGAUGCCGAGAUCAACGGGCUCUUUGAUCUGGGCCCCGGGGGAAUGGACGGUGGGGACGACUUUGACUACGACCCCGGCGCAGAUCAUGGCGACAACAGCAAUUUCAAUGACAUGUACUUUGGCGCGGGCAACAGCAGCGGCGGUGGUGGCGAGUUUGACGACCAUUACUUCAAUCUUAAUGGGUGAUGAUAACGUGGAUGGGAAAUGGUGGCUAUUCUGAGUUUGGGAACUUGGGUCCGGAGUUUUUGGGGAUACACUUACUAGGUAUGUACGCAGAUACCACUUGGCUGGCGUCUCUUUAGCGGUUUCUAUCUGGGUUGGAAUCCAA